AUGGGGUCGUUACAUGAUUUCAGUGACAUAAUCAACAGUUGCGAGUUGGAAGUAAUUUUCUGCGACAACGAGGCCCGCGCCGAGUCGUUUAUCAGCAAAAUAAUUGCGGGAGAAAUCAAAGGACCGAAGAAGCUGAUACUUCUGAAAUCGUCAGGAAAAUUACCAAACGGCCCACACGACUCUAUUUCUGAUUUGGAGGUGUAUUCAUACGAUUACAUAUAUGCCAUCGGAGAGAAAAACCAGAUGCCGGUAGUUCCUCCCACACCGUCGUCAACCUACGUUAUUUGUUUCACCAGUGGUACAACAGGUCAACCGAAAGGUGUUCAGCUGUCGCAUCGGUCACUACUGGCCGCAGUAGCUGGCCUCUACGUUCAGUGGGUUCCGCCUCCGAAUCGCUUCUAUUUCGGAAGCGAUGACGUCUAUUUUAGCUUCCUGUCAUUGGCACAUAUUUACGAACAUCUGAUGCAGACAUUUACUGUAUACGUUGGUGGACGCAUAGGUAUCUACAGCGGUGACGUGUCGCGACUGCUGUCUGAUAUACAGAUUCUUCGGCCGACGAUAGUGAGCUUGGUGCCAAGACUUCUAAACAAGUUCCAUGAUCAUAUUCAUGUACAAAUUUCGAAGCGGAAUGUCCUUAUUCGGAAGCUUUUUGCUCAUGCAAAAGAGGUGAAACUAAAGAUGUUACGUGAUGGAAUUCAGCGAUACGACACGAUUUGGGACAAAUUGGUGUUCAAAAAGAUUCAUGAGCAAUUCGGUGGUCGCCUACGAAUGCUCACCACCGGUGGUGCUCCAGUCAUUCCGGCCGUCAUGGAUUUCACCCGAAUUGCUUACGGCUGCCCGCUGAUGGAAGGAUACGGCCAGACGGAAUGUGGAGCUGCUGGCACAAUAAAUCUGCCAUUCGACGGUAGCACUGGCCAUGUGGGUGGUCCUGCACCCUGGUCGCAGGUCAAAUUGGUGGACGUGCCGGAUAUGAACUACUUUGCAGCUCAGGACAAGGGAGAAGUAUGCUUCCGUGGAGCUGCAGUGAUGAGCGGUUACUUCAAGGAUGAAGAGCUUUCAAAAAAGACUAUAGAUGGGGAGGGUUGGCUUCAUACUGGUGAUAUCGGUGAAUGGCUGCCGAAUGGAGCGCUCAAAAUCAUCGACCGUAAAAAUGCUCUGUUCAAACUCGCCCAGGGAGAUUUUAUUUUCAUCACUGGAAUGACUACACGAUCGUUCCUUGUCGGGAUUGCUGUGGUGAAUAUGGCGAUUCUACGGUCAACAAUCGCCGGACAACCAGAGCUUACUAAGUACCUCUCUCGAGCAGAUGAUGAUUUCCUGUCCGAAGUGGAUGUUCGACAGUUUGUGCUCAAGGAAUUGAAUAAGACCGCAAAAGCAAUGAAAGUACAGACGAUCGAGCUUAUCAGGGACGUCUACCUGAUAUCUGAGGAAUUCACUGCAGAAAAUGGCUUCGUUACUCCAACUUUGAAGUUGAAACGUCACUUACUUAAACAGCGAUUUGAAAAGGAAAUCGAGAAAAUGUAUUUAGAAAUACCUCAAUUGUAG